GAGGCUGGGCCAUCUCCUCCUCACUUCCAUUCUGACUGCUUCCGAUCCUUAGCAGAGGGGCUCAGGAUGCUGUUGCUGGGAGCUGUUCUACUGCUAUUAGCUUUGCCCAUUUGUGGCCAGGAUACCACAGGUGAAGAGCCAGGAGUCCUGCUUCCUCUGCCCAAGGGGGCCUGCACAGGUUGGAUGGCGGGCAUCCCAGGGCAUCCAGGCCAUAAUGGGACCCCAGGCCGUGAUGGCAGAGAUGGCACCCCUGGCGAGAAGGGUGAGAAAGGAGAUCCAGGUCUUACUGGUCCUAAGGGAGACACUGGUGAAACUGGUGUAACUGGGGCCGAAGGUCCUCGAGGCUUUCCAGGAGUGCAAGGCAGAAAAGGAGAACCUGGAGAAAGCACAUAUGUGUACCGCUCAGCAUUCAGUGUGGGAUUGGAGACCCGGGUUACUGUCCCCAAUGUGCCCAUUCGCUUUACCAAGAUCUUCUACAAUCUGCAAAACCACUAUGAUGGCUCCACUGGUAAGUUCCACUGCAACAUUCCUGGGCUGUACUACUUCUCCUACCACAUCACAGUCUAUAUGAAGGAUGUGAAGGUCAGCCUCUUCAAGAAGGACAAAGCUAUGCUCUUCACCUAUGACCAGUACCAAGAAAAGAACGUGGACCAGGCCUCUGGCUCGGUACUCCUGCAUCUGGAGGUGGGUGACCAAGUCUGGCUCCAGGUGUAUGGGGAAGGAGAGCAUAAUGGACUCUAUGCUGAUAAUGUCAAUGACUCCACCUUCACAGGCUUUCUUCUCUACCAUGACACCAACUGAUACCAUUAACUCAGAGCCUCCUCCAGGCCAAACAGCCCCAAAGUCAGUUAAAGGCUUUCAGUACAGUUAGGAGAUUGAUUAUUAUUUAGUCAAAGGCCUCUGGAUAUUAUUCAUGCAUUUACUCAUUCAUUUGUUCAUUCAUUCAUCAAGUAACUUUAAAAAAAUCAGAUGCUAUGUUCCCAGUCCUGGAGAGCUUCACAAACAUGACCAGAUAACUGAUGAGAAAGAAGUAGUUGACAAUGCUGUUUUGUGCCCACGGUCUCUCCUGAUGCUUAUGUCAAUUCUGUAAGGCACAGGGAACAAGCAUUCUCCUGUUUUUACAGAUUGGGUUGAGGCUGAGAGAGUUAAGUGAAUGUCUAAGGUCACAUAAGUAUUAAGUGACAGUGCUAGAACUCAAACCCAGAGCUGUGGACUUUGCUCACUAGACUGUGCCCUGUCGUAGAAGUACAUGGUCUCUCUGGAGUGUUGGUAGCUGCCUGUUGCCCACCUCACCUGAGAGCCAUUGAAUUUGCCUUCCUCAUGAAUUGAAACAUCCCCCCAGCAGAGCUCCCUCAGAGAAAGUGGUUCUGUGAUGAAGUCUUGUCCUAGAAGGACUGCUACUCAAUGGCCCCUGCACUAGUCUACUUCCUCUUACCUAUGUCCCUUCUUACGCUCUUCCCUCCAAUGGGAAAGCCAACUGCAUCUCAACGUGCUGAACUCCUCCUUGCUCCUCAAGACCACCUGGCCAGGAGCUUCUCUGAUACAAUAUCUUACUUUUUUUUUUGAGACAGAGUCUCACUUUUUCACCCAGGCUGGAGUACAGUGAUGCAAUCUCCGUUCACUGCAACCUCCUUCUUCCAGGUCCAGGCAAUUCUUGUGUCUCAGCCUCCCGAGUAGCUGAGACUACAGGGCACACACCAUCAUACCUGGCUAAUUAUUGUAUUUUUAGUAGAAAUGGGGUUUCACCAUUUUGGCCAGGCUGGUCUCAAACUCCUGGCCUCAGGUGAUCCGCCCGCCUCAGCCUUCCAAAGUGAUGGGAUUACAGGUGUGAGCAACUAUGCCCAGCCAAUAUCUUACUUUUUUUUUUUUUUGCCAUGAUGAGAGUCCUGGGUAUAAGAAACACCUCCAACCAGGCUAGAGGCAACUACCCAGUAACAACUGUGCUUCCUUCACCUCUGAAUCCCUUGCAGAUCCUUGAUAAAUGCCUCAUGAAGACCAAUCUCUUGAAUCCCGUAUCUACCCGGAAUUAAUUCCUGUUCAGUCUCUGCAUGUAACCAGUUUUUAUCCACAGAAACAUUUUCAUUUUAGGAAAUCCCUAGUUUUUUUUUUUUUGAGAUGGAGUCUCGCUCUGUCACCCAGGCUGGAGUGCAGUGGCAGUGGCGCAAUCUCAGCUCACUGCAACCUCUGCUUCCCUGGUUCAAGUGAUUCUCCUGUCUCAGACUCCUGAGCAGCUGGGAUUACAGGCGCAUGCCACCAUGCCCAGCUAAUUGGAAAUUCCUAGUUUUAAGUAUCCAGUGCUUAUUCAGCUGGACAAUAUGAAUCUUUUCCACUGAGGUUAGGGAUGAUUGUGCUUUUCAGAACACUUAAAGAAUUUUCCAUCAAGAAGGUAGCUUGAGUCUGAAAUACAAAGCCCAUGGAGGAAUUUUGAAGUCAUUCUUUCCUUGAGUACCAGCAGGGUCAGGGAAGACUGGGCCUGCUGAAUUUAUUCUUGCUCUUUAAGAAUUACAGGUUGAGGUAGUUGAUGGUGGUAAACAUUCUCUCAGGAGACAAUAACUCCAGUGAUGCUCUUCGAAGGUUUUAGCAAAAACAGAGUUAAUAGCAUUCUCUAUCAAUAUAUAAAUAAAAAACCUAUUGUUUUGCUUACAGUUUUAAAUUCUGAAUAAUUUUCUCUUACAUGUGUACUGCUAAUUAUUAAGGUAUUAUUUUUUCCCCAUGUAAAGGUUUGUCUUUUAAAGUGUUUGCAUAUUAUUUUCUACAAGUAAAGAUACUAUCCAGGCUGGGCACAGUGGCUCACACCUAUAAUUCCAGCACUUUGGGAGGUCGAGGUGGGCAGAUCUCCUGAGGUCAGGAGUUCAAAGCCAGCCCGGCCAACGUGGUGAAAUUUUGUACUAAAAGUACAAAAUUAGCUGAGCAUGGUGGUGCGUGCCUGUAGUCCUGGCCACUCGGGAGGCUGAGGUGGGAGAAUCACUUGAAUCCAAGAGGUUGCAGUGAGCUGAGAUUACGCCAUUGCACUCCAGCUUGGGCAACAAGAGUGAAACUUCAUCUCAAAAGAAAAAGAUACUAUCCAGUAUUAAAUGUAAAAACACUUGCUGCACAUCACUUUUGUUUUGAUUUUUGGAGAAAGAUAGAUGUGAGGUUUAGAGAAGAUGAAGAGGUGAGAGUGAACCUUGUGUUAGUCAGGACUCCAUGUUGUGAAUGUCAUUCACAACAGAAAACCCAAACUAUUAUGCAAACUACUGUACGCAAGAAAAAAAAAGGAAAAAUGGAAAAAUUUAUUCCUUUGCAUAACAGAAAUUACCAGAGCUGUGUGUCUUUAGAUAAGGCUUGAACCAAAGGCUCAAAACAACCAAGACCCUUUUCUGUAUGUCCUUCUAUUCUGCCUUCCACAGGUAGGCUUUACCCUCAGCCUUUACACAGUAUAGUUCUAGGCUUUCCCUCAUGAUAUCAAAAAAGACCAUCUGGCUAAAUAAACAUCAUGUUUUCUGGUGGUGUCCAAAGGGGAGAGAGGAGUCUCCCUUUCCCAGAUGCCUCAGCAAGUAUAACCUUGGAUCUUAUUGGCUCUGGCUAAGUUGUGUGCCUGUCUCUGACCAAUCACUGGAGUCAGGAGGAUGAAAUAUUCAUAUUGGCUUAAUUGUGGCUUAAGCCAGGGGUAUGGAUAACAGAUGCAAAAUGAUACCUGUCCACAACAAACUCUUAAUGCUGUGUUUGAGCUUCCUUGAAUUUCCCAGAGAGACAUUGGGAAAAUUCCUAUUGAUUUUUCCUAAAAUUUCAACAAGUAUCUAAUGUUUGGCCGUGCUCACAGUCUCACAUCUGGUUGGGGUGGACUCCUCACAGAACACGCUUUCACAGUUACCCUAAACUCUCUGGGGUGGGGUUAGUCCUUUGUGGAACCAGAGGCACAGAGAGGGUCAACUGAGGCCAAAACAGGCCUGGGAGAAACUGAGGUCAAGAUUUCAUUAGGAUUAAUGGUCCUGUGAUGCUUUCAAGUAUAAUUGCGAAUUUGUCCAAUUCACUUCAGUUCUGUCAGCUUUUGCUUCAUACAUUUUAGAGCUCUGUUGUUAGAUACAUACACAUUUAGUAUUAUGUCUUCUUGGUGCAUUUACUCUCUUAUCAUUACGUAACGUACUUUUUUAUCUCUGAUAAUUUUCUGUGUUCUGAAGUCUACUUUGUCUAAAAAUAAGAUAGGCACUCAAGUUUCUUUUGAUUAGUGUUUUCGUGCUUUAUCUUUUUCUAUUGUGUUACUUUAAAUACAUCUAUAUUAUUGCAUUUAAAAUGUGUUUCUUAUGGACUACAUGUAGUUGGGUCUUACUUUUAUCCAGUUUGAAAAUAUCUGUCUUUAAUUGUUGUGUAGACAAUUUAUAUUUAAUAAAAUUGUCGAAUUUGA